UAUUAGGUAAACCAGGUAAAUAUUACAGUUCCCGGUUGCCAAUGCGUAGCGGUGUACGUAGCAUUCAAUUGUGGACGCACCCUGAUGAUAAGUUGACCUUACUAGACGGACAUGACAUCAUUACGUACGGAAGACGUUCGCGCAAAUUUGACCUCAUCCGUAGGAAGUGGAGCGUAGACAGUUCGGGCAACUCCGUAAGAAAAGGGAAAAAAAAUAGAAAAAAAAAACCGAAGGAACGAAAACUCGUUGAAUUUCUUCACUUGAGUGUUUUUCGGAGCGACUUCACAAACUAUCCCGAGCGGAGGAAAUCCCCGGGCGAGGGGAACCAAAGUCUUCACGACUGGGAAUGAUGGAGGAUUCCCAUUUUAACUCCUACUUCUGGUCUCCAGUGCAAGGACCGAUUGAGAAUGCUGUGUUUCUAAACAAGGUGAAGGAGCAGCUGGGCCAACAGGACAAAAACCCUGCCUACCCGCAUGGCUCCUCCCACUACCCCACCACAGCGGUGGUGGCAGUUGCGGGGGGCGUGGCCAUGGAUGCAGCGGCCGGGGGGCGGGCGCUGAAGCAGGAACAAGCGCAUCCGCCCCAUUCCUCACACAGCAUCACUGUGGUGCCCGUACCGUCCACCGGAAUCAUGACAGCUGCGGGCUUAGUCACUCUGGUGUCUCCGGUAUCCUCCGCUCCAUCUCUAAUCCCUGGGCAUCCGACAACCACUAUGAUAACAGUGCACGCAGACAAGAAAGACGAUGGCAUGUCCUGCUCCCCCGUCGUCAUCCCGUUACCAUCAAAGCGAGGGAGGAAGAAGAAGGCCACACUCCCGUUGGUGGGCUCCCCGACAGGAAGUGACUCGCUGAUGCUCAGUCACCUGGCUGGACAGCAUCAUCCUGCCGACCCCUAUGAUCUCUCUGCUGAUGAAGGACCUGCUGGAAAGGAUGGAUCAAAGACCUACAGGUGCCGGAUGUGCGGCCUGACGUUCUGCAAUAAGUCAGACAUGCAGCUGCAUUCCAAGUCGCACACGGAGGUGAAGGCGCACCAGUGCCCGCACUGCUCCAAAUCCUUCGCUAACUCCAGCUACCUGGCGCAGCACAUCCGCAUCCACAGCGGCGCUAAGCCCUACAUCUGCUCCUACUGCCAGAAGGCAUUCAGGCAGCUCAGUCACUUACAGCAGCACACACGAAACCACACUGAAUCCAAACCCCAUAAGUGUCCGCACUGCUCGAAGUCGUUCGCCAACACCAGUUAUUUGGCCCAACACGUGCGGAUCCACACCGGAGUGAAACCCUAUACCUGCUCUUACUGCCAGAAGACCUUCAGGCAACUCAGCCACCUACAGCAGCAUCACAGAAUCCACACAGGAGACCGGCCGUAUAAGUGUACCCAUCCAGGCUGCGAGAAGGCCUUCACUCAGCUGUCAAAUCUUCAGUCUCACCGUCGCCAACACAACAAAGACAAGCCAUUCAAGUGCCACCACUGUAACCGUGGCUAUACGGACUCGGCGAGCCUUGAGGUCCAUCUCUCAACCCAUACAGUGAAACAUGCGAAGCUGUACUCCUGUGGCCUGUGCAAUCGCACCUACACUUCAGAAACGUACCUGAUAAAGCACAUGCGGAAACACUCUCCGGACCUGGUACCCACUCCGCCCUCGGGAGCUCAGCAGAGCCACAGCCCCGCAGGGGGAGGAGGUGCUGGAGGAGGAAGUGCAGGAGGAGGUGCGGAAGGAGCUGCAGCAGGUCGUGCUGAGAGGACCAACGCUUACCAACAGCCAGAGGGAGUGCCAUGUGUAUUUGACCUGCAGCAGUACAAACCAGUGACAGCGGCAGACGUUUCGUACAAAACAGUCAGCGUGUCUGAUCUGUCCUCUCACAAAGACCUGUGCAUCACAGUGGAGGCCUCGGCCAUACAGGUGGAACACCUCAGUUCAUGA